AGGGGAAGGCAGGAUGACUGGGGAGGGGAAGGUCAUUACAGGCUUUCUGGAUGGACAAAGGACAGAGAGAUGGAACUCCUGAGGCUUCACUUCCCUGGGGUGCACCGUGCCCUGAGGGAGGCUCUGGACUCCCUAAGCACUUUUGCUUCCUACCUCUUAGGGGACACAGUUCCCUCUGCAGAGGGGAGGGGAGGGAACCUCAGCACGAGAGAUGGGGACAAAGGGAAGGAGCCUGGGGAAAUGACUCCAGGAGGAAGCCAGCAAAAUGAGGUGCUUAAGGAAACACUGGAAAAGAGAGAAGUGAUCAGAGACCUGGAAGAUAGUUUUUUCUCUAGAGGGUCAGAGACAAGAGAGGCUUGGGAUAAAGGGGAAGAAAAAAAAGCCAGGAGAAUACAGGAAUCAGAAGCUGAGGAAAUCUGGGAGAUAGGAAAAAAGGUUGGGGUAGACCUGGAUGAGGAGAUGACCAGGGUCUGUACAACUUGGGACAGUAGCAACAAGAAUUCCAAAGAGGCUAAAGGAGAAAUCAGAGGGUACCACAAGAUAGAAGUCCGAGAAGCUUGGUGUAUGAUGGGGACAGAGCCCAAGCAAGGACAAAAGACAGAUGCAGUAGAGGCUAGAGAAUGCAAAAAGGAAGGGAUCUUGGCUGAAGAAUACUUGGAAACAAAAGGGUUUGUCUCAGAAGAAAAGGAUAGCAGAGAGCCUAAAGCACAAGGCAGGAAAAAUCAGAACUCCAGCAAAAAGGAAGUCAAUGUAGGGAAGGCUGAGAACUACUGGAAAGAGGAGGAAACUGAACCUGUAGGAGAACAGAAGGAAGACAUGGAGGAGAUAAAGCCAGGAGAUCUUGAAGGAAGGGCUUUGAUAGCCUUCAGGGUGGAGUCUGAAAAUCCAAUAAUCUGGGAGAAGGAAAAGGAGGAUAGGAGAGCCCAGGAGUUGGAAGGAAAUGUCAGAGACUGGCAAGAGGCAAAAGAAGGUGAGAAAGCCCAAAGGAUGAAAAAAGGUCACGGUCAGAAGAUAGGAAUGGAAACCAGGAAAAGUCAUGAGAUCAAGGAGGCACCUAAUGAAGCUGUGCAGGGAGAAUUUGGGAAAGAUAUGAUAAUUGAAAAACAGGAGGUGGAGAAGCAUGAGAUCAGAGAAGCUCAGGAGACCCAGAGGAUUGGGAUCAGAUGUGAAAAAAAGGAAAUGGACAAGGAAGUGGCUUUGGAAGUCCAAGGGCUAAAUCCCAUAGAGAGAGAUCUAGAAAAGCUACAGGGAAUCCAGGAGCCAGGAGAAGAGGCUGAGAGAGGAGACAAUGUAAUGUCUGAGAUCUGGAUAACUUCAGUCAUGGAGAAAGCUGAGUCCAGGGAAGUUGUAAGGUUAAGGGCAGCAGAAACAAGUCCCAAAAAAGAAGAUGAGGAAGCUUGGAAGGUAGAUAAGGAGAGCGGUACAAAAUGGAAUGUGGAAGUGAUUCAAAGGGGCUGGGACACAGAAGAGACUUCUGGGGAAGAUUUGGAGAGCAGGAAAGAGGAAAGGGAGACUGAGGAAAGCCCAUUCCCAAAGCAAGUUCAAAUCCAAAGAACAGAGAGGGAGGAAGAAGUGGCAGAUUUCUGGGUCCUGGGAAAAAAGGAGAUUGUAAAAGUUCUAGAAUCAGAGGUGGAAGUUGAAGGAAGUUCAGGCUUGGAGGGAGAAGCUGGGGAACAUUGUGAGAAUCAGUCAGGGCAAACCACAGAUCAAGACAGUAAGGAGACUAAGAUAUGGGAGGGAACACUCAAUAAUGUUAGUAGGAGCAAAGAGAUAGAGUCAGUGGAAGCUGAAGAAGUCAUGGGAGGCUGUAAACUAGAACCUGGGAGCUCCCAGGAGGUUGAGCAGACAGAAAGAAUAGCUGAUUCAGAUGAGACCUCAGUAACAAGACCAGAAAAAGAAGUAGGGGGAUCCAAGCUAACGAGAGAGGAAGAGGUAGGAAAAAGGCAAGAGCUGGAAGCAAAGGACGAGGAAAGCCAUGAGACUGAGAGGGUCAGGGAAGACCAGGACUCUGACGAGAUUGGGGCAAACUGGAACAUGGAAGCAGAAACUGGGAGAGCCCAAGAGACAGAGAAAGAGCCUAGCAAAGUUCAGGAUCUAAUGGAGGAAGAACUCAAAGGAAAAGAGGAGGAAGAACCAUUUAGAAUUUCAGAGGAAAAGAUUUUGGAGAGCUGUGAGAUAGGAACCUAUAGUGCCCAAAAUAUUAAGAACACAGAGAUUGGAAAUGUCCAAGAAGUGAAGAAACAUGAUUCCAUGGCAGUAGAAGGCUGGAAGACAAUGGAAAGGGAGUUUGAGAGCUGCCAAGUGAUGGAAAUAAAAGCCAAGGGAGGCAGUGAAGAUGAGGAAGAAGUUUUCACUCCCCAGAUUAGAGAAGACAGGGGAAACCAGGAGGCUAAAGAAAGCCAAGAGUUCAAAAAGCAAGAAGUCCCAACAGCAGAAGUUAAUACUAGCUGGGGAACCAGGAAGGCUGGAACAACAGAACCAGAGAUGGAGGAAAAGGAGCUUGAGGGAGGCCAAGAGGCCCAGGGUGGUAGAGGCCAUAAAGUGGGAGAGUCUGAAGUCAGCAAACUCCAGGAAAGGGAAGCAACAAAAGCUAAAGAGUCCUGGGAGGUAGAAGAAGAGGUCAUAGGAAACCAGCAGAUGAAGGAGAUUGAGGGAAGUCAGGAGAGACAGGGUGAAAGCAGCAAUACACUAGAGAGAGAAGCUGAAGUCUGGCAAGGAAAUGCCAGAAGUCUAAGGGAUACUGAGAGAGAAAAUGAAGGAGCAGGGCUGAAUUUAAAGGAGGCUGAUGAUAGAAGAAGCCAGGAGACAGAACAGAAGGUGAAAAGAGACCAGAAGGAAAUCAAGCGAGACUGGGAUUCAGAAGAGGCAAUCAGCCACGAAAUUAUGGAGGUUAGAGAAAUUCCGGGUUCAAAUUUGUUAGAGGUUGGAGGUAGGGAAGCAUUAGAGGAAGAAGAUAAAGACUUCCAGGAGGUUGAAGGAACUGAAGAAUGCCAUACAGCAGGGAGAAUGACUGAUAGAGACCAAGUUGUAGAAGAAUCAGAGAUCGGGAGAACCUGGGAAAGGGAGGAGGAAGAGUCUGAGGGAGAGCAAGAAACAGGUUCAGCAGAAGCCAAAGAAUCCUGGGUAGCUGAGAAAGAGGAGGCAGGAAGCAAGUGUGAGAAAGAGAGCUUUGCCUCAUAUCAGGGAGCAGAGAUACAGAUGGCAAUGACCAAGACAGAAGUGAAGCUUGGGAGGGGGGAAGAGUUGGAAGGACAACUCAAGUCGGAGGAAAAGCCUGAAGAGGGCCAGGGAAACAGGGAAACCAAGCCGGGGCUUGAUGGGGACCAGAGGGUGAGUACCUGGGCCCUGGAGGAAGAGACACAGUGUGAGGGAGACACCCAGACAGAGGCAAAGGCUUGGGGGAGCCAUGCCAUAGAGGGUGAAGCUUCCAUGGACAACCAGUUCAUGGAGGAAGUAGAGGCUAAUGGAGGUAGGAGGCUGGAGGCAGUGAUGACGAUGGCAAGCAGGCAAGGAGACGAAAACAAGGAGGAGUUGGAGCCUGCCAAGUGCUGUGACACUGAGAGAUGCAGAGGUGGAGACGAGGACUCAGAAGCUCCUGGAGCCUGGGAAUCCAGUGAGAAACCUGGAAGUGGCUGGGACUUACAGAAAGCAGAGCCUGGUCAAGUCAGAGGAACAAAGGAAGUUGCAGCUACAGAUUCUGGAGCCUUGGAGGCUUCAGAAAACGGGGGAUCAGAAGCCACAGCACCCAUCAACACGAUAACAAUAAGACUGUCCCCUGAACCCAAUCCUGCUGAAGCCCACAGUAGCUGGAAUGAGGCCCCCAUUCCUGGUCCAUGCCUGGACCUCUCCAUUCCCAGAAGCCGAGUUCUCCUCUCCAGAAAUGCCUCCCAACGCCGAUCACGACCCUCUUUUCGAAGGGCACCAGCACCAAAGCAGGAUGACAGUAAUGAUGGUGAUGAGUCACGACCCUCUUUUCGAAGGGCACCAGCACCAAAGCAGGAUGACAGUAAUGAUGGUGAUGAGUCUCUGGGCUUUCUUCCCAAUGAAGGGUCCCCAGCCUCAAAACUGAGAUUGCUCCAAUCCGAGGAAACUGCAGUGCCAAGUCCCCCUAAGGCAGAGGGAACCCCAGUGACAGCAAGGAAACGGCCCCUAGGCCAUGGGUUUGGCCUUGCUCACCCCAACAUGAUGCAGGAGUUACAGGCUCGUCUGGGACGGCCCAAGCCACAGUGACCUGAAGUCCAUCACUCUAAUGCCCCUCUCCUUUUCCCCUCUUCCCUUCCGUUUGUUCUUGCCACAACCCCAUCUUCAAGUCUGGGAUGAUCUCCCCACCUCAUAGUGACUUCUAUUCCUGUGUUCUAAUCCCCAGAAAGGAAACCCCAGCCCUUGGUAGCUUUUCCUAUCUUACUCAGAUAAUGUAGAAUUAGUGGGGAUGGGGGAAAAGGGGAGAAGAGACAGCUUGAAGGGAGAAUUAGAGACUUGCAUUCAUUCAUCUCAUAGGCUUUUUUUUUUCCCCCUGAGGCUAUUGGGGUUAAGUGACUUGCCCUGGGUCACACAGCUAGGAAGUUCAUAGGCUUUUUCUGAAGCCUUUAUUACCACCAUUACUUCCACCCAUCCUUGAACACAAAAUACUAGACCCUUAGAAAGUUAUUGUAGGAUCUGCUCACAGAUCAGAUGUAAUUCGAGGGGGGCGGGGGGAGAAAGGUGGUUUUGACUUUCACUUGUGGUAUCUGCCCAUCAUCCCUGUUACUUUAGGAAGCCUCACUUCCUCUCAGGACAUGGAGUCCAGAGAUGGGCUAUUAUCUCCAUACUUUCUAGGCAAGAAGUGGUGGGGAAAAGGAGUGCACCAGUAGACCAGGGAUUCUAGAAUCAAUACCAGCCCAGGCUGCCUGGAGUCAAGUUGUUUGGGGUAGCUUCAGAGGACUAGGGAAGAGGGCCAAGCAGGGACACUGAACAUGGCCCCCUCCCCAAGGCAACUCUGGCCCUGAGAAGCACUGGGACACUUGUUAAAAUCCUAGCAAGGCUAGUUGCCACAAAGGGCCACUGCAGCUGGGCCAGGCCCAAAAGAGCUCCAGACAGUGGCAAUGAGGGAGUAGCAGAUGACCAUGAGCACUUUGUCUUUGAAGGCUCUCUGUUUUGAUCUCCUUUUGCUUUUCUCCCUUCUAUUUUCCCAUUACCAGGUAAACCAUUCUUUCUGCUGUAGGGCCUACCCAAAGGACUUAUGUACUCAGAGAAGAAAAAGAGAAAGAGGGGUUGAAAGUAUUUAUUAUUAGGUUGCCCCAAGAAUAACUAUUUGAUCUCACUUUCUGAGUUCCUCAAGGGAACAAAAAGAAGACUA